GCCGAGCCGGGCUGCCCGCCCGCCCGCGCCGCUGCCCCGCUCCCCGCCGCGCCGCCGCCAUGAGGCGGCCCUAGCAGCGCGGCGCCGGGGGGAUGAAGCGGGACUCGACCUGCAUGGAAGAUGAGCGGGUGGAUCAGCGAACCUGCCUGAUCUGCGGGGACAGAGCAACGGGGCUGCACUAUGGGAUCAUCUCCUGCGAGGGCUGCAAGGGGUUCUUCAAAAGGAGCAUCUGCAACAAGCGGGUUUACAGAUGCAGUCGGGACAAGAACUGCGUCAUGUCACGCAAACAGCGCAACAGAUGCCAGUACUGCCGCCUGCUCAAAUGCCUCCAGAUGGGGAUGAACCGGAAAGCAAUCAGAGAAGAUGGCAUGCCAGGAGGCAGAAACAAAAGCAUUGGACCUGUCCAGAUAUCAGAGGAAGAGAUUGAGAGAAUUAUGUCUGGGCAAGAAUUUGAGGGAGAAGCAAACAUGUCAUGGAGCAACAACGGGGACAGUGACCAUAGUUCCCCUGGGAACGGAGUUUCUGAGAGCAACCAGCCUUCACCUGUUUCUACUCCAUCUUCAAGUAGGUCCGUGGAGCUGAACGGAUUCGCUGCGCUCAGGGAUCAAUAUAUCGGGACACCGGUGUCCACGCACUAUCAGUACCUCCCGCACCUUUUUAGCUAUUCUGCUCACUCGGCUCUGAUGCCCCCCCAGACACGCAGCCUGGACCCCCAGUCGCACAGUCUCAUCAAUCAGUUGGUGUCAGCGGAGGACCUGGAGCCGCUCGGCACACCGAUGCUCAUUGAGGACGGGUAUAAAGUGACUCAGGCAGAGCUGUUUGCGUUGUUGUGUCGUCUGGCGGAUGAAUUGCUUUUCAGGCAGAUUGCUUGGAUCAAGAAGCUGCCGUUCUUCUGUGAACUCUCCAUCAAGGACUAUACCUGCCUGCUCAGCUCAACGUGGCAGGAGCUCAUCCUGCUCUCCUCGCUGACUGUUUACAGCAAGCAGAUCUUUGGUGACCUUGCAGACGUCACCUCCAAGUAUUCUCCUUCUGAUGAUGAGCUGCAUAGAUUCAGUGAAGAGGGGAUGGAGGUGAUGGAGCGGUUGAUCUACCUCUUUCGCAAAUUUAACCAAUUGAAGGUCAGCAAUGAGGAGUAUGCGUGUAUGAAAGCCAUUAACUUCCUAAAUCAAGACAUCAGGGGUUUGACCAAUGCAUCCCAACUGGAGCAGCUGAAUAAGCGGUACUGGUAUGUUUGCCAGGACUUCACAGAGUACAAAUAUCCACACCAGCCAAACCGUUUUCCGGAUUUAAUGAUGUGUUUGCCAGAGAUACGAUAUAUUGCAGGAAAAAUGGUGAAUGUUCCCCUGGAGCAGCUGCCUCUCCUGUUUAAGGCUGUUCUACAUUCCUGCAAGACGAGUGUGAGCAAAGAGUGAGCCCAGCUUGGCCAGGCCAGUGCUUUACGCUGUGCCUGGGGCAGGGAGCUGGCUCACCCCGGGAGAGGGGCAAACGCGAUCCAGGCAGGAGCCAGGGCAGUGCUGUCCCUG